AUGUCGCUAGCCGUUUUGCUCAACAAGGAAGACAAAGACAUAUCUGAUUUCUCAAAGCUCACUGCGGAUGAACUUCCCACGAGCAAUGGCAAUGAGGGAGUAGCCGAUGCUGGACCUCGCAAAGUGCUAGAUAAGAGACAGGCGUACCUGUCCCGAUUAAACAGCGAGUUUGAUCGCAUCAAGAAAAGAGACUCGAUAGAGCAGCUCUACCAGGACUGGAAGUUUGUCAAUCUACAGGAGUUUGAGUUGAUAUCUGAAUGGAAUCAGCAGUCCAAGGACUGGCAAUUCGACAACACUAGUGAUUCCAUCGAUCUGCAUUUCAAGAAGCUGUACCGUGAUAUGAGUUCGAUCAACAAGGAAUGGUCGGAGUACCAGACUUUCAAGAACACUAAUCUUUCGGACAUAAUCAACGAAAAGGAUGCUGACGAAGAUGAGGACGAAGACGAAGAUGACGUGGAAGAUGGUGACGAGGCGGUGGAACAGGAAGACCAAAGCCCUACCAAACACGUCAAUGGUAAAAAUUUGCAUGCAAAUGGUGCUCAAAAAUCAAAAAAGAAGGAUUCCACGGCUGCCCUGGGGAGAGCUAUAAAGAAGGAACAAGACAAUGUCGAUGCGGUCUCGGCUGUCGAUGGCGACGAUAACGAAGGUGACGGUGACGGUGACGAUAACGACGACGAAAAUGAUGACGAUGACGAUGACGAUGACGACGACGACAACGACAACGACAACGAUGAUGACGAGGAAGAAGAAGACGAAAUGGAGGAGCUUGAAGAGGAGGACUUCGCCGCUUUUGAAGAGCAAGAUGACAAUGACGACGAAGACUUCAAUCCUGACGGCGAGAAGAGGAGAAAGAGGUCUUCGUCAUCUUCGUCAUCUACCAAGUUGUCAAUGAACUCGCUAUCUCUUAUAACAUCCAAGAAAAUAAAUAAAAAUAUCACUAUCGACAGCGAUAGACCGAAAAUCGUACGUGAGCUUAUCAAAAUGUGUAAUAAGAACAAACACCAAAAGAUCAAGAAGAGGAGGUUCACCAACUGUAUUGUCACCGACUACAAUCCAAUUGACUCGAAGUUAAACAUAAAAAUUACUCUAAAGCAGUAUCAUGUGAAAAGGUUAAAGAAAUUAAUCAACGAUGCCAAGAGAGAAAGAGAAAGAGAGGAGGCUUUGAAAAACAACGUUGAUUUGGACGGUAAUGAUUUGGACAAUGACGAAGACGGCCCAGAAUCCCAAAAGAGAAGGAAACUAAACAACAAUAAUGUUGGCGCUGCUGAUGAUCCUAACAAGAGAAAGUUCAACACUAGACACGGGUUGCCCACUUAUGGUAUGAAGAUGAAUGCUAAAGAAGCUCGGGCCAUCCAGAGGCACUAUGACAACACUUACACGACCAUUUGGAAAGAUAUGGCGCGUAAAGAUUCUGCAAAAAUGUCAAGGUUGGUUCAACAAAUGCAAUCCAUCAGAUCGACGAAUUUCAGGAAAACCUCGUCACUCUGUGCUAGAGAAGCGAAAAAAUGGCAAUCCAAGAACUUCAAACAAAUCAAGGAUUUCCAAACAAGAGCUAGAAGAGGUAUUAGAGAAAUGUCCAAUUUCUGGAAGAAGAAUGAACGUGAAGAAAGGGACCUAAAGAAGAAAAUAGAAAAGGAGGCCAUGGAACUGGCCAAGAAGGAGGAAGAAGAGAAAGAAUCUAAGAGGCAAGCCAAAAAACUAAAUUUCCUCUUAACUCAGACAGAACUGUAUUCGCAUUUUAUUGGAAGGAAAAUCAAAACAGACGAACUGGAAGGGAAUGGUGCUUCCAACAAUGGUUCUCAAAAUCAUAAAAAUAUCGAUAUUUCAGCAUUAGUUCCAAACAAAAAUGAUUUCCACUCUAUUGAUUUCGAUAACGAAAAUGAUGAACAACUAAGACAAAGAGCUGCAGAGAAUGCUUCGAAUGCUCUGGCUGAAACAAGAGCGAAAGCCAAGCAAUUUGAUGCUCACGCAAACGCACAGGGGGGUGACGAUGAAGAUGACGAUGAAGAUGAGUUGAAUUUCCAAAAUCCAACCUCUUUAGGUGAAAUAACUAUUGAGCAACCCAAAAUUUUAGCAUGCACUUUGAAAGAAUACCAACUGAAGGGGUUGAACUGGCUAGCCAACCUGUAUGACCAAGGUAUCAAUGGUAUCUUGGCAGAUGAAAUGGGGUUGGGUAAAACCGUACAAUCUAUUUCUGUUCUAGCUCAUUUGGCGGAAAAUCAUAACAUUUGGGGGCCCUUUCUGGUGGUCACACCUGCCUCCACUCUACAUAAUUGGGUUAACGAAAUAUCCAAAUUUCUGCCUGAAUUCAAAAUUUUGCCGUAUUGGGGGAACGCCAAUGACCGUAAAGUUCUGAGAAAAUUUUGGGACAGGAAAAACUUGAGGUAUAAUAGGAAUGCUCCAUUCCAUGUUAUGAUUACUUCGUACCAAAUGGUCGUUACUGAUGCCAACUAUUUACAAAAAAUGAAAUGGCAAUACAUGAUCUUGGAUGAGGCUCAAGCUAUCAAAUCUUCACAAUCUUCCAGAUGGAAAAAUUUGCUAAGCUUUCAUUGUCGUAAUAGACUAUUAUUAACUGGUACACCUAUCCAGAACAGUAUGCAAGAAUUAUGGGCACUUUUACAUUUUAUCAUGCCUUCCCUUUUUGACUCUCAUGAUGAAUUUAAUGAAUGGUUCUCCAAGGACAUUGAAUCUCAUGCCGAAGCAAAUACAAAAUUGAACCAGCAGCAAUUACGUCGUUUGCAUAUGAUCUUGAAGCCGUUUAUGUUAAGACGUGUGAAAAAGAACGUGCAAUCCGAAUUGGGUGACAAGAUUGAAAUCGACGUUUUAUGUAAUUUGACUCAAAGACAAGCCAAGUUAUACCAAGUGUUGAAAUCUCAAAUUUCUACAAAUUAUGAUGCCAUUGAGAAUGCCGCCACAAACGACUCUAACUCUAAUUCAACCUCCAGUUCGGGUUCCGAUCAAAAUUUAAUCAACGCAGUCAUGCAAUUUAGAAAAGUUUGUAAUCAUCCAGAUCUUUUUGAAAGAGCUGACGUCGAUUCUCCAUUUUCCUUCACUACUUUUGGUAAAACUACUUCAAUGCUAACUGCAUCUGUGGCCAACAAUAACAGCACUGUUGUAAGCAAUAGCAAUAUGAACCUCUCUAGUAUGAGCAGUAAUAAUAUUUCGAAUGGAAAAUUCACUGAUCUGAUUUACUCUUCAAGGAAUCCAAUUAAGUAUAAUUUACCAAGGUUAGUUUAUGAUGAUUUGAUUCUACCAAACUAUAACAAUAACGUUGAUAUAGUUCAGAAAAUACAAAAUGUGAAAUUCAAUAUUUUCAACACAUCAAUAAAUUAUGAAUUGUGUUUAUUCUUGUCCAAAUUAACCGGAGAAAGCUCUCUGAAUGAAUUUUUCAGGAUAUCCAAUACGCCACUACUGAAAAAAAUAAUAGAAUUUACAGACCAACCACACAAUCCUAAUAGUUUGAUGGUCAAAAGUAAAACUGAAGAAUUAUUGAGACUUUCCAAAAAUACACCUUCGAAAGGUGUAUUGGCAUCAUUAUUAAACAUCAAACAACUAACCUAUGAAGAUGAGUACUUGAAUAGUAUACAACGUGGUUAUCAUCCAAAUGUUUCUGCUCCUCCAAUUACUAUUGAAGUUCUUGGUUCCAGUCACAUUUCUAACAGCAUAAACAAUGAUCUAUUUGACCCAAUAGUGACUCAGGCACUAUCCGAUAUUCCGACAGCAACGCAAUAUAACAUGCACGUCAACAAAAAAAUACCGAUUGAAAGCUUUCCAAGGACAGGAUUAUUCCCUGAACCAUUAAAUAAGCAUUUUUCAUCAAACAUAUCGAUGCCGUCUAUGGAUAGAUUCAUUACCGAAUCAGCAAAGCUAAGAAAAUUGGAUGAAUUAUUAGUGAAAUUGAAAGCGGAAGGUCACAGAGUUCUGAUUUAUUUCCAAAUGACCAAAAUGAUGGAUUUGAUGGAAGAGUAUUUAACCUAUAAACAGUACAACCAUAUUAGACUGGAUGGUUCAUCGAAAUUGGAAGAUCGUCGUGAUUUGGUUCAUGAUUGGCAAACUAACCCAGAGAUUUUUGUAUUUCUUUUGAGUACAAGAGCGGGUGGGUUAGGUAUUAACUUAACGGCUGCUGAUACAGUUAUAUUCUAUGAUUCUGAUUGGAACCCUACUAUUGACUCACAGGCUAUGGAUAGAGCACAUAGAUUGGGUCAAACUAGACAAGUGACGGUAUACAGACUGCUUGUUCGUGGCACCAUCGAAGAAAGAAUGAGAGAUAGAGCCAAACAGAAGGAACAGGUUCAACAAGUUGUGAUGGAAGGCAAGACCCAAGAAAAGAACAUUAAAACCAUUGAAGUUGGUGAAAAUGAUUCUGAUGUAACUCCAGAAAGUGAUAAGAACAUAAUUCAGAAUGAAAUCAAAGCCAGAGCAAGUGCAUUGGCAUGA